AUGGCAUACAACGACGAUUCAGUGCUGGCGCGUCUGUCAGCCCUCAAUGAGAGCCAUGACAGCAUUGCGACUGCAGCUCAAUGGAUCAUGUUCCAUAGACGACACGCAGAUCGCACGGUAGCGCUUUGGAUGCAACGACUUAAAGACUCGUCCAGUACGAAACGAUUAAGCUUAGUUUAUCUUGCUAAUGAGGUUGCACAGCAGUCUCGUAUUCGCCACAAGGAGGACUUCAUCAUUGCGUUUUCUCCUGUCAUAGCAGAAGCUGCCGCAGUCGCAUACAAAGGAGCACCGGCUGAAAUUCAGGGCAAAUUGCGACGGGUGAUUGACGUCUGGAAAGACAGGUCAAUCUUUGAGGCACCGAUUCAGGCGGCUAUCGAAUCGCGACUGAACGAAUUAGAUAAAGCUCGCGGAUCUGUGAAGCCUGGUUUUGGAGGCUCCCCAUUUGGCGGCGGAUCAUCUGCUCUGGUACCUUCGGAAUUCACGCCGCUUGUAUCUGCACACCAGACAGUCACCAAGCUCAGCGUGCCACUAAAGACUACUAUCGCUUCUGCAAACCAAGAGUACGAAAAGCAAGUUGACGUUACAGUACCGGUCCCUUCAGCUCCUGUCUAUGCAGCACGCCUAAAUGGCUUGCUCAAGACCCUUGCGAGCGCAGAGAGCGCAGUGGCUGAGUGCGUAAAGGCUCGAGAGAACCUAAUUUCAGGAUUGGAGAAAAUGCUGGAUUCAAAUAGAGCGGCUCUGGAAAGUGAAAAGUCUACAGCUUUUGAAUUGUCAACCCGCAAACGAGAGAUUGAAGACAAGAAGCAGCAGGUCGAAGUGGCCAUCAUGAGAGCACUCGGACCUGCAGAAAACAACGGUUCUCAUGCAGAAGGGGAAUCUGGCAGCCCGCCGACCGAGCUUGAUCGACCAGAGAUGGAGGCUCUGACGCCGCCUGGUAUGGAUGAUGACUUCGGCGACACUAUGCCCGAGCCUAUGGAGAAUACCGAAGACAGUGCGGACGUGAAGUCAGCAGAGGACAUCUCAGCAACCGAGCCCUCCACCACCUUCACUCAGUCACUACCCAUAUCAACCAACGGCUCUAAUAAAAGACGACGAGUGGACGAUGGGGAUGAUUUUCCCGAUCUCGGAAACGAUGCCGACAUAGAUCCUGAAGUCGCAGAAAUGCUAAAAGAAGGCAACGAUGUUUGA